AUGGAUCAUUUCAUACAGAAUAAUAUAAAUGCAAAUAUAAAUAAAAUCAGUAAAAAUUUUUGGGAAUUUCAAAGAAAUAAAGCCAAUAAUGUUACUUUACAUAAAAAUACUAAUAAAUUGCCAUUAGCUCGUAUUAAAAGGAUGAUGAAAAUUGAAGAAUCAAUUAAAAUGGUUAGUCAAGAAGUUCCUUAUAUUUUUGGAAUUGCAGCUCAGGUUUUUAUUGAGGAAAUUACUAUUAGAGCCUGGAUUUACACCAAGGAAUCCAAUAGAAAGAUUAUAACUGCUGAUGAUGUUAUUAAAGCACUUAAAAAUACUAGUAAAUAUGAUUUUCUGUAUUUUUUGUUAAUUGAGGAUAACCAAAAACUAUAA